CAAUAAGGGGGGGUAAUCCAUAGGCCCACUUACCCGGUGCAGUUCGGGUUCUGAAGUCCCUUUGGUGAGUUAUUUCACCAGACUCGGUAGCAACAACAUGAGCCAUAGCCUAUAAGUGACCACUAUACGUUGUCUACUCUUCACACGCAACUCAAUCCAAUCCUAAACCCUCCUAUUUAACCUGGUAACGUCACUAACCAUGUUUAUGGGACAUCUUUAAUAUAACUUUUAGAAUAAUUACCGUCAGAGUACAACCAUAUAAGAGCUAGCUUACCACUUCCUCCCUCUCGCUCGCUAUGUCGUAACCAUAGCAACGGACGCUUGGGGCAAGCCUGCGGUGCUCUGGCAGCGCCAAUUUCUAGUUCCUAACUUUGACCUGCAGCACGAUUUAUUCAUGUGACGAAAAGCCCAUAGGAAGAGGAUGAGGGCAGUAUGUGAUUAUUAUUUUUAGAUUUUUGAGAUUGAAGUCAGGAUUCCGAUUUUUAAGUCAGAAUUCUGACCUUAAUCUCUGAACUCAAACAAAAUCCGUAAACCGACAUACUUGUUUGGUCAAUGAGUACAAAACCACAUUAGAAAUUAAACAGACACGCCAAUUAUUAACAUAAUUAGGCGUUACACCUAACGUUGCGCGCUCCUGUGCAGACAGCAAAACAAAACCGUGUGUGUUGUUGUCGAGAACACGACCACCGCUACUGCCAAUCAGUGAGCCAAAGGAAGGAAACAUUGUGGUGACGUGAAUGGGCACGGAGCUACGACGGCGUAUAAAGACAUCGCAAAGACCACAUCAACCACUGGGAGGAGAGGCUCGAGCAGGUCUCACUUGGAUCGACCCGCUGGUCUGAGCGAGCUGUCGACGCCGUAGGAUUUGAUGAAUUCAUCACAAAACCAUGGAGCUAAACAGCAUGUCCCCUGUUUUACAGUCCAAAAUGGCAAUCUCGCCCCAAUCCAGCCGCUCGACCGUCGAUCGAGCAGGCUCUUCAAAAGUUGUUCUUGCGUACAGGAACGCGUCGCAGCAUUUGUGCUCGAGUGGAAUAAAAGCAGGGAUGGGUAUGCUGAAACUGGCGACGUUGCAAUGGAAACAAUGUAAGACGCGAUCUGAGGCAAUCGUGAAGCAGGGGUCCUCGCCAUCCAGCAGGAAUUCCUGCAAGAAUUCCCCGCUCGAUCAAUUGGCAGCUUUAGUGGUUAAUGGUCCAACCCGCCUGAGUCAGCUUGGACAGGAGCCCUGCCAAGAUAAGUCCAGGAAACACCAGAACUGUAAGCGCAUCGUGGUGCUCGGCGCUCCGCGGGUCGGAAAGACCUCGAUUCUCAGAAGGUACCUCCGGGAUGGAUUUGUGGAAGAGUACAAGCCGACUUCUGAGGACUUUCAUAGAAAGCUUUUCCGUAUCCGCGGAGAGACAUAUCAAAUUGACAUCCUGGAUGCGUCUGGAGAAAGAAGCUUUCCAGCCAAACGGCGCCUCUCCAUUCUAACUGGUGACGUUUUCUUGCUAGUAUUCAGUCUGGACGACCGGAGCUCAUUCGAGGAGGUGUGCGCCUUGCGGACAGAGAUCCUGGAAGCAAAGGCCAAACUAAACCAAAUAUCUGUGCCGGGUCAGUGCGCAACUGUUCCAUUCGUGGUGUGCGCCAACAAGAUGGAUCUACCGCUGUCGGAGAGAGCUAUACCGCAAACAGACUUGAUGCAAACGCUUGGCGAGGAUUGUGCGUACUUUGAAACCUCUGCCAAGGAAAGUACUAACCUAGAUAAAGUAUUCGAGGCCUUGGCGAAGCAAGGGGGCUUGCCUGCGGAAACCGGCCCAUCGCAGCACCGCAAAGUCUCUCUACGUUCGUACCAGGCAAUGUGCACGGACCACGUGCACGGCAGAAGGAGCCAGGCGCCCCGCAGCGAUGACGCGUGCGGCGCACUGCAUCCUCUAGCACGACGGCCGAGUUUCAGCACAGAUCUUCGUCAAAUCAUGGGACCUCAUCAGCCACAAAAGCCUUGUAAAAAUUUUGAGAAGUGCAAGAUUCAAUAAGAAACACAUAUCGAUAACCGUUGCGGUGCUUCAACAGCCUAUUCCAUGGUGGUCUUAAUAGUAAAACAUCAUUAUUUCAAGGUCCCUUUUAAAUGUGCUGUGGACUAUUAGGCCUACGUGGCUGUUGGCUGAGUAUUUGCCAUUAUUUAUUAAUGUUAUCCAGUAAGUUGAUUAUUUAUUAUUACCCGUAUCUCACUUUGUUUUUGUGUGUGUUGGCCAAAGCUCCCUUUCAUGUUGUCAAGUGAUGCAUUCAGAGAUACGAAUAAAUGCUGUGGAAACUGGAAUUACAAUUGUUGAGGUUGUUAUUAUUAGGACUGAUUGUAUAAAACAAAGGAUGAUCCAACAAUACACAAAAAUCGAUGUGUUUAGUUAGUUUUCGCAUGAAGGCAGGUUUGAGGUUUAAAAUCGCCAAAGACUGUCUCAUAUAUAACUCAACUUUGCCGUAUAGUUGAUGAUGAUUCUUCCUCGCAGUGGGAGAACGUUUUAAAAUGGGUAGUUGUGCAUUGUAAAUAAUAAAUCAAUUUAUUCUUGGAGUAUCUCUCAAAGAUGUUUAUAAAAGUUAUAAACAGGGAUGUUAUUGCAGACAGCCAAAGACUAUCA